CGGACACCGCGGGAGGACGGUCCAAAUAAGGGAACACAUCAUGGAGCCAAAAGGAGGAGGUCCAUUUUCACUCAAAGAUGCAAACGUAAAGGGUCUCAUCGGCUUUGGAGAUGAGAUUGAAAACUAUACCUUUAAAGAUGGCAUGGACUGGUUCGUUCACGUGAAUGAUCCCUCAGAGAUUUUCAAAGCUCAGCCAACAUACUUCCUCUCUGAAUGGCUCUUCGUUCUGCUGGCUUUGUCGUCUCUAAUCCAUGCAUUCAUUGUAGGAGGUCGCUGGAAAUACUACUGGCUGGGUUGUAUCUUCCAUGGCCUUACGACUGAAAUGGUUUCCUUUUGGAUGCCUGACAUUGAUAAUUACUGGCACUCUCAAACAACAAUCAUCUUUCUUGGUCGCAGACUUCCUCUUCAUAUUCCCCUGAUUUACCCUUCAUUCAUGUAUCAUGCAGCUUACAUGGUUUCUCACAUGAAGCUUCCUCGAUGGGCAGAAGCAAUGGCUGCUGGUCUCCUGGAGGUGCUCAUUGACAUUCCGUACGACAUAAUGGCUGUAAAAUUUGUACACUGGACAUGGCACGACACCGAUCCCAACAUCUACGACCGCAAUUACUGGGUGCCAUGGAAUUCGUAUUACUUCCAUCUCACAUUUGGCGCUGCUUUCAGCUUUGCCAUUAAUUUCUGGCGCCGUAAGAUCACUGGCACGGAUGAGAUUGGUAAAGUGUCCAGUGUUGGCAAGGAAAUCCUCUGUGCUCUUCUGGGUGGUCUUUGUGGAAUGCCUGGCGGUGUUAUACAGUUUCUGUUCCUUUACCAUCCACUCCAUGACACCUAUGGUAUCCAUACAGAAAACUGCGUGAUAAUAAUUGUGGUUGUAUACAUGCUGCUAGUUUGGAGUGCUGAUCGAACCCCGCGAUUAGCUUCACGCAGACAGAAAGGUGAAAAGAUUCACUGGUCCACACUGAUUAUUAUCGUAAACAUGGUGCUCCACUAUGGCCUCUACUGGUGUAUGGCUGUUUUUGGCAAUCCAGAGGACGAAGUCUCCAUUGGCUUGCAUGAGCGUACAGGAGACUGUGAUGAGAAAACUAACGUCUACACUGCAAUUGGAGGAGUUCUGGAGAGGCGAACUUACCUGUGCACAAGCGACUAUGAUGAGAAGUACUUUGAUUUCCGCUGCUUACCCGGAGGCCAGCCUGUAAGCGAUGGAGUGGAGUGGUACACCAUCUGCGGCACACCUUUCCCCAAUCGAGCCGAGUAUAUUGCAGCGAUUUCUCUCGUCUCGACUGUUGCCUGCAUCGUCUUCUACAAUAUGCUAUUCAGGAGUUCAAGGACACUGGUUUACAAGACUGAGAAGAAACAGAAGAUAAAGUAGUUUUUAUGUGCGAAAACUAAGUUUGAAACUAAAAAGUCUCUCCUUUAUGUAUUUUGUUCAUUUUGUCUUGAGAUAUGAGAGAGAUAUGAGAGAUUUUUGUAUUUUUGGUCACAUACUAGAUAACCUGAUUGCUAAGUAAUUUAAUAGAUUUUAUCUUUUUAAGACUUUUUUAUUGAGAAAGUUCUUUUAAAUUAAAUAAAGAGUUCACUAAUCAUAUAUAUUGCAUACAGGUACAAGCAGAUACACUUAAUCAAAGUAGUAGUAGAAAAGUAUAUUUUAUGGGUAUUUUUCUAUGAAAAUGUGUCAGGGCAUUAUUUUUUUAUUAUAUAUAAAAGAGCUUAUAUUGCAAAUAUUAAGCUCUUGCAAAAAUGUGUGAAACUAAUAAAAAGAAAAUGAAAUUA